UUAAUAUCCAGAAUUGUAAAUAUCAGUGCCCUACCAAAUCCUAUCCAAAACAGAUACAUGUGAUGAUCCGAGAGUUAGCAAAGAGAGCACACAAUUCCCAGGAAAAAAAAAAUGGCAGCCAAGGUGGCACUCUCUUCUUCUUUCAGCACCAAGUUUCCACUCCCACCUAAGCCAUCUUUACCAUCUCAUUUCCCUUGCACUUACAUUUUACCAAAGACAAGGGUCCAUCAUUUGAGAUUCCAUGCAAAUUUGGGUGGUGGGGAAGGAGAAAUCAAGAAGGGGGGAAAGAAGAAAUUCAUAACUAGAGAGGAAGAACCAGAACAGUAUUGGCAAACAGCAGGAGAAAGGGAAGGGGAGAAUCCCAUGAAGACCCCUAUUCCUUACAUUAUUAUUUUUGGCAUGUCGACACCUUUUGUAAUCUUAGCCAUUGCUUUUGCAAAUGGCUGGGUUAAGGUACCCAUUCGAUGAUAUGAUUGGGACUCUGCUGCAAAUAGCAGCAACAUGAUCUGAAUGCCUAGUUUUAUUCGGUUAGUAACUGUUUGUACAGUUGAUCGCACGCCGGUAGUCCAAUCAAGGCAUAUGUUCUUCCAACAAUCGCUUGAAUAUUUAUGGGUUUCUUAGAUGAAACAUAGUUAUUCAACUAUUAUAUAUCAUUGUUGGCUGAUAGUAACCAUUUCAUGCUAGUAACUUCUACCUUUGCUCUUGAUUAAGCAAAAAUGUUGAUGAGCUCUUGGCUUGGCUUCCUUUUAUUGCAUUUCAUUAUGAUUAAUGCUAUAUACUACACAUGCAUCCUACUGAAUA